CGGGUGGGUUAGUGGAGUUAUACUGCAUCAAGCGUCACAGUCUCCACUAAACGCGGUAAAAAGUGAAUCAUGCCAAAGCGUGGAAGGGGUGGAUCUUCAGGUGGAAAGUACCGAAUUUCUCUGGCUUUGCCAGUCGGGGCUGUAAUGAACUGUGCUGACAACAGUGGCGCCAAGAACCUAUAUGUGAUUGCCACAUUUGGUGUUCGUGGUCGCCUCAACCGCCUUCCCUCCGCAGCCACAGGUGAUCUUAUUGUCUGUUCUGUUAAAAAGGGGAAGCCAGAACUACGUAAAAAAGUAUUGUAUGCCGUUGUUGUCAGACAGCGAAAAGCCUACAGGAGGAAAAACGGAGUCUUCAUUUAUUUCGAAGAUAAUGCCGGCGUUAUUGUGAACAACAAAGGAGAACUGAAAGGAUCUGCAAUUACUGGACCUGUAGCCAAGGAAUGCGCGGAUAUGUGGCCAAAGAUCGCAUCUACUGCCAGCUCUAUCCAUUAAUCAAUAAAAUUACUUUUGGCAUCGCA